AUGCCGCGCCGUAUCCCAUCACAAGUGCCGCAGACCGUCUCGAGGUUGCUCGAGUCGGGCUUCCUCAAAAAGCCUCCUGCAUGGUUCGAUGCGGUCAACAAUCACCCUCCCGUCACCGUGCCCGCUCGUCACCCUCACCAGCGUCCGGAAGAAGAUCUCCCCGUCCGCCUGCGUGCAUCUCGUCAGACAGCGCCCGCCAAGGUCGGAUCGUCCUCCAAGACGGCUGCCGCAGGAACCUACGGCCGCGACACCACCAACUCGAAGAAGAAAUCGCGCACAUUGACGCCCAAGCUCACUCCCAAACCCAUCGUCUACGAUGAGGACAGGAUCCGACAGCAAUUCUUCCGCGACCACCCGUGGGAAGCGUACCGACCAAAGACGCUCGUCGAGAUGAGCGAGCAGGUGGGCAGCGAGACGCGGGUGCACGGCGAUCCCAAGCGACUCCGCUCGUACGGCCGCAACCCGAGCGUUGAGGACUUUGUCGCCUGCACCCUCGCCGCACACCGCCAGGGGGGUCUCUCGCUGUCGCAAGCCUACCACAACACGCUUUCCUCGUACCACGGCCUCAAAGCCGAGCACGAGCAUGCAACGCGCUAUGCGAUCCUCGAGGCUAAAUACUACGGAGCCGACUUGGGCAAGUCCGAGACGCAGCGUGGAUUCGAGAAAGAGGACAAAGCGCUCGAGUCGUGGGCUGCAUGGGCUGCCGGAGGAAUGGCGGGUGGCGAUGCCGCCAGCGGCGCUGAUGCGCAACAGCAGGCCAAGGCGGCGAGGGUCAAGCGCACCGACCAGACUUUCACCUCGGGCAAUGCUUACCUCGAAGCAGCCAAGGCGUUCAGAGACGGCAAGAUCAGCCCCGACCGUCUCGGAAGCGUUGCUCAGACCGCGCCGAGCCAGCAAGCGGCGUCCUUUGCAGGUGCAGACAGCAACAGCCUGAGCUCGUCCUCCGACGCUGCAGACGACUUUCUCGGCCUCGCCAAGUCGGCCAUGCGACCAACAGAAGCUGCAUCCAGCGAGUCACAGCCUGCAUCGUCGAGCAACUAG